GCCAAGCUUUUGGUUGAUCACAAUACAAAUUAUAGAAAUGCAUCUGUUAUUUUAAAAAUGCAAGAAUUUUUUGGUGAAGUGUAUUACUUUUUUUCUCAUCAAUAUGAUGAAAAUUGGUCAAUGUUAGCAUAUAUGUAG